AUGCCACGAGUCUUACUCAGUACUCGACAGUCGCAUCAAGGCAUCUCUACAGUCAUCUGGGCCUUGCGGGGGAAUUCGAGGGGAACUUAUCAGCAUGACCAAAAACAUGCGGGCUUCGCUCUUGUCAGGCGGGCCUCGUCAGUGGCAUUCUCAUCCCCAGCAUAUUCGCAAUACCCAGCCUCGGCAAAAAGGGCAAGCAAGGCCGCAGACGUGAUAGCUGUGGGGGACCACGUCGACGUACCCGAAGACGAGGUCACCUCGUUUUCUGAGGAACUGAAGGAGGGCAUCGCCGAGACUGUUUCGAGAAAGCGCGUGCUGUCUGCGAGCGAGUCUCCCACUGUCGACUACCCAAGCCCAGGUUCACACCUCUACGGAAAGUGGCAGUCCUUGUCACUGGACCAUGAGCGAUUGCUCAUUGAGUCCGACAUCAACGUCUCGGACAGUCGACUCGUGAGGCUCAUUGACCAACCUGGUAAUGAGAGCGAUAUUGAGCUAUGGAGCUGCCUCCUGGAGUUCUGCCACCGGUGGAUGGGUCGAGACGGCGUCAUAAUGAUAUGGCAGGCUGUGUCAAAGCGGCGAAACCUCCAUCAAGUGGAGGGCGCCUUACCCCAGGCCUUCUGGAGAGUCAUUCUCAGCGCUGCUGUGACUAGCGACACCUUUUUGCGCGAGGUGAUCAGCUACGGAGAGUGGCUCCUUGAGAACCACGGGACUCCCUGGCCCCAGCUGUAUUCGACAGUUGUGUCUUUCAUGCUGAAGAACCGCCCCAGGGCAGAGGUCUUGCGUUGGCACAUGACCUUGAGCCCUUCAUUUGGGCCCGGAGAGGUCGAAUUUGUGGACAUGUUGAAGAAGUUCAUCACACAUCCCGACCCCAAGAUGCAGGAGACGCUGCGGUUGCUUUACUCGUGGAGUACACACCGCAAACUCUACGAUAUCUUGAUACCGCACCUGUACGACAGAGGCCACGCGCAGUUGGCCAACCAGUGGCGGCGACUUCUCAUUGUUCAUGGCGAUAGUCCAGCGAGUCUCGCUGCUCGGCCCUUCCUGCGCUAUGUUGGUGCGUACUAUCCGCAAACACAGUUGUCAGAGGAAGAGCUUUCGAUUGCUGGACUUGUCUUGCAAGAUCAAGAAGGUUCCAGAGAUGAAACAGUCAGCCACAGCCUGCAUGCCGAGGCAGCCAUCAACGGCCAGAACCUGAGCUACCUCGUCAAUCGAGUGCAUGGGGAGACAUUCGGCAUCCGGGAAAAGCCAUAUAACGACAAGCUGGGCUCAAAAUGGUUUGCCAGCACCUGGGUCCCGCUCGACUUUGCCAUUAGCGUCAUUUACACAAUGGGCAUUAACGGUAUUGGUCCCUUGUCCUUGCAAUCCAUUGCGCUGCGGGAGGGCAACGCGCAGGGUGUGCUCCAUCGCAUGGAUCAACUCCAUCAGCUCAAGAUCAAGUUGCCUGACACCAACUACGUGGCUGCCAUCCGGCACUACGCCACAGUCGGCGACAACGAGGCUCUUCAAGAAUUGCUCCAUUGCGACAUUCAUCCGGACAUAUUUGACGACGAGGUGGCACAGAAACAACUGCUGAAGCAUUGCCUCAUCACGGAAGACUGGGGAACAUACCAACUGCUUCUCAAGACCAGGCUCGCGGUGACAUCGCAUUCGGUUUCUGCUUCGAGCGACAAGAUUCUUCAGUCAUGUGCACGCCAGGGCAAUGGGCCGAUGGCACUGGCACUCCUCCACGGAAUGUGCUCGCGUAAUCUCCAACCGGCCCCGAUGACCAGUCACCUGCUUUCGAGCUUCGUUUUACAGAACCUGUCACCACAUGCUGAAGUGCGAAAUGUGCGGCAGCAUGUCAACCUACAACUUUCGCUGUGCCGGCAACUGUCCAUCACACGGUUUCCACCGGCAGUUGAAGCUUGGCAGACACUGCUCUACCGGCUCGGCCGAGAGCAAAGACUUAUCGACCUUGAGCGGUUGUCGCUCGACAUACUCAGACUCUUUGUCAAUUACACCAAGUCUGACACGCCAAUGUGGAUUUCCCACAUGGCAGACAUACCACAGAUCCUCCGCCUCGAAUCGCCUUACCAGUACUUCCAGAAACUCCCGCGAGAUCUUCCCCUGAACCAUGAAGGCCACCCCCUCCGCCAGAUCUUUGAUAAGAAUCUUCAGGGGGCAAUAGUGAGAUGGGGGUUCACCCACACCAAGUACAGCUACGAGGCGGAAGCGUCCGCGUAUGCUGUCCUGCACGGUGAAGUUGGCGAAUCCGCGGAACCAUCUGACUUCCACUUCGCCCGCGGGAUCCGGCUCCUUGCCAUGCUCCGCGACCAAGGCCUGAGUGUUCCCCACAUGACGAUCCGGAAACAGGCCGUCAUACGCCUCAGAGACUUGUACCGCGGCGGUGGAGACGCACGGUAUGAAUGGGUUGGAGGAAGCCCACAGUUAAAGAUGAGACGGGUCAAGAACCAGCUGAGUCUAUCACAAGCAAAAAAGCUUUGCGACUUGGCUUGGGGCAGGGAAGUGGUGCCCAGCCUGCCUGAGCUUAUGACUGUCUUGGAGAACGCGAUGAGGGAUGAUAAGUUGAAUGAUGUUCAAGCGCGGCUGAGAGCUCUUGAAGAGAACUCAGGUAGAGGCAGAUAA